UACCGGGGGGGCACUCACUCAGAAACAAAACGAAAUGCGGUACGCCUAGCGGUAGCUAGACGCAACUGUGCCGUAACCACCAUAUUGACUUCUGCAUCGGACAACUGGGAUGCACGAAGAGCAGCGUUUGCAUGGAUAAUUUUUUUUGUUACGUGGAGUAUGGUUACUACGAUUUUGUACUUCCGUGUACUUGAAUCGUGUACUUGCCGACCCUAACCUCAGUACUUCUAGCCUCUAUAGCCCAGAGCUCUGCAAGACCUGGUACGCCCCUAGCGGAUCGCAUAGGAGUUGCUGAUUAUCACACGGUCGGUAUGAUCUAGUAGGUCGUGGUUUCACCCGUCGGACUUUCUCUCCGAUUCUUAUAUCUUUGAGACCGUCUGCAAAAUUUCAUUCAUAAUGAUCUAAAUAUCAUCAUCAUUGUGACUAGUAAUCCAACUAGCGUGAAAACCUUGGAUACGCAAUAAAUUUCAAUUAUAAGCAGUUAACUGGACAAAAUAAAACCCCGGCAAGCAAAGCCAGGACCGUUUGAAACGAUCCACUGCUGCAACCUUCAGGCGAGAGCAAUUGUCUUUGUGCCUUCUGACGGUAUAGACGAAGAAGAGAAACUCCCAUCGAUAAUUCCAUCCAAGGACAGAAUGGGCCAAAGGCUGGAAAAAACGGGAAACCCGCAUUACAUGGAAGUGGACGGGCUCUUCCUCCCUAUCUCUUUCUCACGGGAGAACUUUAUUUACGCCACCAAGCACAGACCCGAGGACGGCGACAUAAUCCUAGCAGGGUACCCAAACAGCGGCCUCAAAACUACCGCCAUCAUGCUCCACCUCCUGACUCGAAAGAAAGCAGACACCAUAUCCAGCGAGAUUCCCCUACUUGAGUGGUAUGGCAAAGACGUAGAGAAACUUGCUCGACCACGAAUUAUCCGAACGCAUCUCCCCUACUACAGACUUAGCAUCAACCCUCUUGCCAAGUACUUCUACACUGUCCGGAACCCGAAGGAUUGCUGCGCUUACAGCUUCGACGACGCCGUCACGUAUCCCGAGGAUUACGGCUACCUUGAGGGUCGCUUCGACGAGUUUCUCGACAUCUUUCUCAAAGGCAAAGUUCACGGUAACGAUUACUUCAAGCACGUCAUGUCUUGGUGGCCUCGUAGGAACGAUUCCCACGUCCUCCUCAUGGUCCUGGAAGAUCUACGAAUGGAGUCGAGAUUCUAUCUCCAGAGAAUCCUGGGGUUCUUGGAUAGGGACGAUAUGGUGGCUAAUGCGAAAAAUAUAGGCCUACUUCAGGAGGUCCUGGAGAACAUUGGCAUCGGUCCGGCGCCCUCCAGGAUUAUGGACAUCAAGAUGUGCACGCAAGAUGGGCCAAUAGCGAGGGUUUCAACGGCGGGCUACUGGAAGAACUAUUUUACUUGCGGCCAAUCGAAAAGGAUGGACUCCGUUUUUGUAGAGAGGACUGAAGGUUUGGAUCUGAGGCAUUUGUGGAACGACUACGAUGUGUUCGCAAUCUGAAUUGCUUUUUUAUUUUAUUUUCCGUCAUCAAAAUAAUAUGCAAUAGUGUUCCAGAGAGCAAAAUGAUGCGAUAAAUUUGUCGUAAGUCAAA